UCGCUUUCCCGUGAGGAAGUAGAAGAAGAAGAAGAAGAAGCUCCCUCACGGCCAUCUUUUGUUUGGUCGAAGCAGGAGCUCAUGGUCGAGAAGGAGGGGAAGGCCCGUCGGGCCGUCGUCCUAGCCCUGCUCAUCACCCUGUCGGUGAUUCUCAUCACAGCUCUUGUCUUCAUCAUGCCACCCACCUUGGCAGAUCCCACCAAGACCACAUCGGAUACCGUCCCCCUUGCAAAACGAGGAUCCACCUCUGGAGAAACUACCCAAGUGACGUUACACGAGACGACAGAUGGGGAUAGUAAAAGGCUACCAACAAAGAUCAAGCCCCUUCACUAUGAUCUGGCCAUAGAAAUCCCAAAAGAUCCGUAUUCGAGAACAUUCAAUGGCACAGUGGCCAUAACCUUCAAGUGCAUCGUGUCUACAUCCACGAUAGUAUUUCAUGCCACCCGGGACAUGACGUUUCGGGAGGCUAAGUUAACGGGCGCCCAGUUGCGUAACAUUACCACAAGUGGAUCGUUGGCUACUAUCUACAGCAGUGCCCCCUUGAAGGCCAACAGGACGUACGCAAUGAGAAUCAAUUUCACGAGUCCGUUCAGCGAUGGACGCGGUCUGUACAAGGAUGAGGGGCAAGCCACCAGAGCGUACGCGACGCUCUUUGAUCCAAUCGGAGCCCGCGAAGCGUUCCCGUGCUUCGACGAACCUCUAUUCAAAGCAACCUUCAACGUGACAGUCAUCCAUCCCAGUGCACUGAAUGCGAUCAGCAACAUGCCGAUACUAUCCAAGACAGAUGUACCAGAAGGCGUGGUUGCCACUGCAUUUCGGAGAACUCCACUUAUGUCCACACAUUCUGUAGCUUGGACUGUUUCUGAAAGCGUCAAUAGAACAAAAGACAGGGUGACGCUGUGGGCACCAAGAAGCGUCAUCGCUAACGCUCUUCCCCUCCUAGACGUUGCAGUGUGGGCCCUCAAUUUAUUAGAAGAUUUCUUGGGCGUGCACUACCCACUGCCGAAGCUCGAUUUGGCAUCUGUCUACAAGUACGAGCAGUUGGGCAUGGGCUACUGGGGCCUCAUCUUCUUCUCUCUCGAGAAUAUCUAUCAAGAUACAGCUACCACACGUAUCAAGAUUUUACGUCAAGUGUGUCGUCAGUGGUUAGGAGGCCUGGCAACGAUCCAAUGGUGGAACCAAGUGUGGCUUCAAGAGGCUUUCGUCUACUAUAUUGCGAGCAUAAUAUCCGAGACAAACGACCCAACGCAUCACUACCCGUACUCCGUCGUUGACGAAAUGUUCCAUUCGAGCAAUAUAAACCAAGCAGACAACGCUUCGGAGGAACAGCUCCGCUUUUCUCUAGACAAAAGGGCUCAGUACGUGGUACGAAUGAUGCACUUCCUUCUGGGACACGCAGACUUCAGAGCUGGACUGAGCAAUGUCAUCCGAAAGUACUCCUGGAAGACCAUGGACCAAGAGCUCUUUCUCAGAGCCCUGUCACAAACGCAGAAAACGAAACCAAAGAUCGACCUCCGGGAACAUAUGGUCUCCUGGCUCAAGACUACCCGGACAUACCCGGAAGUGACGUUUCGCAGGAAUUACAGGAACGGUACAGUGACACUCAACGUGAGACAGCCUGACAACAAGACGGAAAGCCUGCAUGUUCCGAUCAUGAUCCAGGGUAACAAGGCGCAGGACAUCUUGAGACCUAACAAGCUGAACGUAACGUGGCUUACAGAAGCCAAAGGUGAGAUGAAGGAUAGCGCGGACAAAGAAACAGCUGUUAUAGUUGCAAGUGGAGGUUACUAUCGGCUAAAUUAUGACAGCAGGAACUGGGCCCUGGUCUCCCGAGCCGCUAAUUCCACAGACACGGUAACCAAGAUGAAGCUACUGCACGAUGUGGAUCACUUUUUCAGGAAGAAUGAGACCACGAUGGAAAGCGUUCUGUGGACGUGGCUCCUCUUACAGAACCAAUCGGAUCACUCCCUCUGGUCACGUGAACAACAUGUUUUCGGCGAUCACGACGACUACAUGAUCCGCUUCAAGGACUUCCGUGCCUAUAAUGCCAAGGUCCUAGACAUAGUGGAUGACGUGGCCAAGACUUUAACUUACGAGUUGCCUUACAUCGGAGAAUAUGGGUCGGAGCCUCUCAUUUGGCUCCUUCGUCUCGUCUGCCUUAUGGGACACGGCAUGUGUGUGGACCCAGCGCUGAGGCUCUGGAGGCAAGGAUCCAAGAUUGCACAUGGAAUCAAGGAUCUUAAAAUGUGGCUCUUGGAGCAAGGUGGGCUAUAUUACGGUGAAGUUGUCCCCUGCUUAGCUAUACGUCACAGCGUUCCGGGUGCAUGGGAGACGGUCUACGCGUGGAUGCGGGACAGUGACACGUGGACAGCGAUUGGCGCUCUUUCCUGUUCCGACAAGUAUACGCUCAUCAAGAGCGCCAUCAAAGAAGCUCUCGGGAAAGAACAGAUAUCUCUGGCGGAUAUCGCUCGGCCACGCGAACCAUUCCGACGAGCUUUCGUCGAUGCAUUCCUCCAACUAGGUCCAGCACAUAACAUGAGCCAAAGCGAUGUGCAACGCUUCAGGGACGCCGUCCACAAUAUGAUAGACACUCAAGAGCAACUUCAAAAGGUCCACGAGCAAAGCACCGCUCUUGGCCUACCCAAGAGCAACGACGAAUGCGUCAGAAGCAGGCUAGAGCGCAUGCGCAGAGACGAGGCCGGUGUGCGCCGCUGGUUACGUGGUCAACUGCCAGUGGUGUAAAAUAAAUGUCACGCAGUGGCUUCUUUGGAUUCA